AUUCAUCCAAACCUGCUCAUCUUCCCCGACAUAUACGUAUCGCUCCCGCUCCACCAUCUAUUCCUUACCAAGAAGCCAAAUCCGAGGUACUUUCAAGUUUCAACGAUCUUGCCGCAUGACUCAUCUCGCAUGGAGCAGGCGCAGUUGGCAGUCCGGAGCAAGAUGAUUCCGUUGUUGCCGUCACGGAGAAGUAUGGCGCAACAAGCGCGACAAACGCGGAAGCGUGCCGAGGAGAUGCGACAGCAGCCUUCACCAAGUCAAGACCAAACCGAGGCAUCUUCGUCGCAAGCUAGAGAUCCCCAUUCUAACCAUUCAACGAGCCCAUCGACCCACAAAAAGAAGGAGCUCUUCGUAAACUAAUGUGCGGUCGAAGGGGACGUUUAUUGAUGCCAAAUUCCAAGUUGAUACCUCCCGAUAAAGUUUUUUUUUUUUACUCUUACGACGAGUAA